UUUGGAUCCGCUGAACCCCCCCCGGCAUCUCUACCCCAGCCUGUCGUCGCCCGGGUUUCGUGUCUCGAUCAUGGCUUCUGUGAGCAAUGGAAAUACCCCCGCCCUGCCGGAGGAGGUGGGCAAGCCCCCCGAGGGCGUCGUCUUGCCACCCAAGGACAUCCGCGCCAUUGUGGAGAAAACCGCUGGCUAUGUCGCUCGGAAUGGUAUCGUCUUCGAAGAUCGCGUCCGCGAAAAGGAACGCAACAACCCCAAAUUCUCCUUCCUCAACCCUGAGGACCCUUACGGAACAUUCUACCAGUGGCGCCUGACGGAGAUCAAGGAAGGGAGAGGCACUGCGGUGUCUGCAGGUCGACCGGGGGAACAAGCGGCGGAGCCUGAGCCCGAAGUGCCCCAGGGACCUGAAGAGCCUCCAGAGUUCCAUUUUUCAGCACGCAUGCCCAUAAUCAACGCGCAAGAUCUCGAGGUCGUCAAGCUUACGGCUCUGUUCGUCGCCAAGCGAGGGAAAUCGUUCAUGACGGCGCUGUCUCAACGCGAAGCUCGGAAUUUCCAGUUCGAUUUCUUGCGGCCGCAACACAGUCUCUACCAGUUCUUCACGCGGUUGGUCGACCAGUACACCAUUCUUUUGCGCGCCGAAGGAAUCGAUGACGCUACGACGGAGAAGAAGCGACUUGCGGAUCUGGAAGCCAACGCGAAGAACAAGUUCCAUAUCCUGGAGCGGGCCAAGCAACGAUCCGAAUGGGUCAAGUACCAGGAACAGCAGAAGCAGAAGAAAGAGGAGGAGGACGAGCAAGAGAAAAUCGCCUACGCCCAGAUCGACUGGCAUGACUUCGUGGUCGUGGAGACCGUCCUCUUCAACGAAACCGACGACCAGGCCGACCUGCCUCCUCCCACCUCGCUCGGCGAUCUCCAGUCCGCCUCCCUGGAGCAGAAGGCCGCCAUGUCUCUCAACCCUCUCCGCAUCGAAGAAGCCAUGCCCACCGACGAGGAGAUGCCCACCUACUACAACGCCUACCCAGCCCAGCCCGAACCCAUGCCCCAACCCGCCGGACCGUCCUUCCCCCAGGGUCUCCCUCCCCAGCCCAUCCCCGCUCAGCCCGCAUACGCCGCCGCCGCCGCCCAAGAGGAAGAGCAACGCAUCCGCGAACGCGCCGAAGCCCGCGACCAGGCCGCUGCAGCUCAAGCCGCCGCCAAAGCCGCCCCGGGCCAGCAACCGAUGCGCAUCCGCUCCGACUACGUCCCCCGUGCCCAGGCCCGCCGUCUCAACCAGACCGGCCCGACGGCCCUCUGCCCCAACUGUCACCAGCAGAUCCCCGUGGCCGAACUCGAGCAACACAUGCGGAUCGAGCUGCUCGAUCCCCGCUGGAAGGAGCAACGCGCCAAGGCCGAAUCCCGCAGCGCCACGACCAACCUGUCCACCGCCGACGUCGUCAACAAUCUCAAGCGUCUCGCCAGCCAGCGCAGCGACGUCUUCGACUCUUCCGUCCUGCCCGGCGCCAGCGACCCCGAAGAAGAAGCCCGCAAGAAGCGCAUGGCCUACGAUGCCUCCGGCGUCGGCCCCACGCCACCCAUGGUCGGUCCUUCCGGCGGCCCACCCAAUCCUCAGAGCAUGACCAUCGAGGAACAAAUCCGACACAUUCGCGAACGCGCCAAGCAAUGAUCCAAUCGCUUGCCGUGUUUCAAUCUCAAAAUGAUCCAUUUCGUUGUCUUUGGGGGCUAUUGAGGAAAUCCUGUGGUUCUAUCUUCUCUUUAUUUGUUGUCAUGGGCGUUGUAUCUCACUCAUCUGGAGUUUUGUUUUCUUAAACGGUUUUUUGGAACGUUGAUAUUCUUUUUUCCCUUCCAUUUUCUCUUUCUCUCCCCUGGGUGUGUCAGACGUAUAUCCGCUUCGGUUGUAAAGUAUAACAUCUUUUUUAUCUUUCGCUUGCUUCUCCUGAUGUCUUUGCCCGAAUGGAGAUAUCAUUAGCUAUGUCUUAACAGUUACUAGAUAUGUAUCGAAACGAAGAUCGUGGGCUCAAACCCUUAGGCG